AUGGAAGUUAGAAAUGUCACUGAAUUUGUGCUUCUGGGACUGACCAGCAACGCUCAGACUCAGGGGCUGCUCUUUGCACUCUUCUUGGUGACUUACCUGUUGAUACUUACGGGGAACCUAUUGAUGUUGCUGGUGAUCAGCUGGGAUCCCCACCUUCAUACCCCCAUGUACUUCUUCCUGAGACACCUCUCCUUUAUAGAUGCUUUCUACUCCUCAGUCAUUGUGCCUAAGUUGCUGAGGAACCUUAUUUCUGAGUGGAAGACUAUUUCCUUCCUUGGGUGUUUUAUUCAGAUCGCCCUGGUCAUAUUUUCUGCAGCCACUGAAGCCUGCCUCCUUUCUGCGAUGGCCUAUGACCGCUUCCAGGCUGUGUGUCACCCACUGAUGUAUGUGGUCACUAUGAAUGAAAGAGUGUGCUCUGGGCUGGUGAUCAUAUCAUGGGUCUUAGGAAUCAGUGCUAGCCUGGUUAACACGUUCCUGCUAUCACAAGAGCACUUCUGUGGCCCAAACCUCAUCUGCAGCUUUGCCUGUGAGGUUCCCCCAGUGCUCUUGUUGGUCUGUUCUGACCCCCACACUACUAUCGUCUCCAUCCUGACAACCAUGGUGAUCUUAGGUCUUGGUUCUCUUGUCCUACUGCUGGGAUCCUACAGCCGUAUCAUCACGACAGCCCUGGGCAUCAACUCAGCCAAGGGUCGAAGCAAGAUCUUCUCUUCAUGCUCUUCUCAUUUCCUUGUGGUCACCAUCUUCUAUGGGUCGGGAGUAUCCAGGUACAUGACUCCAGCAUCCGGCUCAACCCUGGAGUUAGUGCUGUCUUUGCAGUACAGUGUGGUGACCCCGCUGCUAAACCCCCUCAUCUACAGCCUGAGAAACAAAGACGUGAAGGCAGCUCUGAGGAGGAUGCUGACCAGGAGGUCCAGGCUGACCUUGUAG